AUGAGUUCGAAACACGGAAUUUCUUCGUCUAAAAAGCAUCAAGGAAGUCCAGAUUUCCAUAGAAAGGGAAAGCAUGAUACUGGCAAGCGGACUAAUCGGAGUAGAAGUCCUCAUGGUCACCAUCGUUCAUCCAAUCGUCGCCCUCCCCCCGCAAGGCGACUGUCACCAAAAAGUUCGGUUUUAUCAAACACCAAAGCUGCACCAGUGAAUGAACUGGAUCUACUUUCCGGAGAUACGAAGAUCAAAACAGGCUUGUCGUUGGGCAACCCUAGUCCGGCCACUACUUAUCCUCAGAGGAUUCGCGACGUCGGCUACCGUGGUCGAAACAGUGCAUCAUAUGGAAUGCGCUUUGGUUUCCUCGGAGGGGCUUUGGAUCUCGUCAAGGGUAAGUGGCUGUAUCGACCAUUUUUGCCGUACUUUCCAGAACGCGCAACUCGAUCACAGCAAUGGCACGCUAACAAGGAGGAGGAGGAUGGGAAACCUGUUAUGAAACUUUUUGACCCAUGCAAAGUACCAACGGGGAAGUCUUAUUUUACGCAUGACGAUAGAAGUGCUAAGACAUCUCGCAGUAAUGGCUUAGAAAGAAAAUUCAGUGCCCCAUUAGGAUGGCGUAAUGCUCCAAGAGAUCAUUUGGCAAAAUAUAGAACCCAAAGCAGAGAUAUUAGGAACGCAUCUUCCCAUUCAUCUCGAACUGCAGAUAGAGAUGAGUCAAGGCCUAAGUCUGGCUCCAAGCCUUUUGAUGAAGUAUGGAAGCACGACUUGUUUCAGGAGGAACAGGAUAAGGGCGAAGACGAGGAGUAG